AACUGAGGAGGUGGACUGAGAUUUAAUUCACCAUCUGUUUAUAUUCAGUUCUGACUUCUGUCCCCAACAAGUUUCAACAACAUUCACACCUUGAGCCUCCAGGCUCCCACCAACAACAGCCUCGUUAGAGCUCCAUUCACUGGGUGAGUAGCCCAGACACACAGCCCCCCUUUCAGAGACAGCUAAGAACCAGCCAUUAAGGAAAUAGUGACCCCAGUAUCUGGUCUAGCAAGUUUCUGGUGGGUGGUACCCACAGAGUUUUCCCACUAGUUUAUCAGAACUGAAGAAGCUGCUCAGAUGAGUGGAGAAACGUCUUCAAGAAAAUUCUACAUGUCCAGUUGCCUUUAAUCAAAGCCUUUUGGAUUAACAUGACCUGGAAUAACCCAACCUCCCUCUCUCUACCUGCUUAUGGCUUUUUGGCCUCACUCUGUUUGGCGUUUGCUCUUAAAGACUGCUCUCUUCUCUCAUCUAUUAAACACAAAUCACACUAACUAUCUACAAACAAAGCUGCAAACUCAAAGCAAACAAAAGAGGAAGAGGAAAACAGGAAGAAAAAAAAAAAAACACGCAAAAGUUUGGCAGAUCGUCUCAAAGGCAUUAGACAAAAACCCACCCUCACCUAACAAGUCCAAGUCGGGGCUGAACUUACUAAAAUGACCGUAAUCACUGCAUUUAUAGGGUUUGUGAAUGUUCAGAGCGGCCGUAUUACCACUACUAAUCGUAGGACACGAGGCAAGUAUAUAGUAAGAGAUUAAAAAAAAAAAAAGGUAACAAGAGUGAGGGCAGGUUCCAGUGGCUCACAGAGCUGCACACCAGCCACACGCCUCAGGAGACGUGAGAGACCGACACACUGUACAGCGGACUAUACACACCUGUCUGCAUUAGCAAUAGACAAAAAAAAAAACAUCCUCCUUGUCUCUCCCUCUCCCCCUGGCUCUCAGACAGUCAACGGUGGGGACCAACCACGGUCUUAUUGUUAAGAAUGUACCUAGGAAUAAUCUGGGAAGUUUGCUAUGUGUGAAAAACUCCUUCUGAGAAAACGGCCUUUAAAGUUUUACAUUGAAAAAUCAUGUCUGUGUUUAUUAGAAACCACUAUGAACUAAAACCAAAUUUACUCAAAUUCUUGAGAGACAUGUCAUAUAAUCAUCACUUUUUGCCACUUUGAAAGCUGCCACCCCGAACACACGCUCCCCCGUUUCUUCCUCCUCAGAGACAUAGAAACACAACCACGUGACGUAACACCCACUGGGGAAACUACUAGCGAAGAACUGUUUGGUUGAUUCGUGAAGCUAGAGUCACCUCUCUCCCUCUCGCGCUGACUCACAGACAGUCAACGGUCUUAUUGUUAAGGACGUAUCUAGGAAUAAUCUGUGAAGUUUGCUAUGUGUGAAAAACUCAAACGGCCUUUAAAGUUUUACAUUGAAAAAUCAUGUCUGUGUUUAUUAGAAACAAUUAUGAACUAAAAUCAAAUCUGCUCAGAUUCUUGAAAGACGCGUCAUAUCACUUUUUGCCAGUUGAAAAGCUGCGCCCCUCAGCUUACUUCCUGUUCAGACACAGAGACCACAAUCACGUGAUGUUAUCCCUACUGGACGAAUAAAAGGCUCCGCCCCUCAGCGCAGCUGAUAGUCACUGUAGUAAGCGGUGUGAACUACGCAGGGACAACUACGAUUGAAGCACUGUUCUGCAGACAGUUCUUCGCUAUUUUCUUUUUGUUUCCUCGUUUCCAUCAUGGGUUUAAUAGUGAAGUUUAUGCUUAAGUUUCUGACUCUGAUGUUUUUUCUGACGGUACGAGCUGAACAUGACAAUAAUAUUGUUCAAGGGUCAGAGGUCAUCACAGUAUCUGAAGGUGGUGACGUCAUCUUACCGUGUUUCCUCAGCACCAAGGAGAGUGUUGUACAAAAACUCUUUGUCUGGAGGAAAGAUGGACAGAAGAAGAAUGUGUUCAUCUACGAUGCUGGUUUUCAUUACGGUAACGGCCUCUCAGGUCAAGAUGAUCAGUUCAGAGGAAGAGUCUCACAUUUUCCUGAACAGAUGAAGUUUGGUAACGCCUCCAUCAGGAUUAUUAACACAACGACCACAGACACUGGAGACUACACCUGCUACUUUCCAGAACGUAAUGGAGGACUAACAUUCAACAUUACACUUGUUGUUGGUUCAGUUCCCAAACCCAUCGUCACGAUGUCUAAGGUGACAGAUUCUGGGGUCCAGCUGAAGUGUGAGGUUCAAGGAGCUUUUCCAAAGCCAGAGCUACGGUGGCAGAACUGUGAUGGAAACAUCCUUGAUGCUGAGGAGGCUGAGAUCUCAGAGAGAGACGGUCGCUACCACAUCACCCUCCAAACUACUGUGACCUCCACCACAACCACCUGCUUCCAGUGUGUGGUCCAACAGAAGGACCUGAACCAUGAGACUGGUUCUACCAUCACUGUGCCUGGAACUCAGAAGACAGACGGUGACAAUGAGACCAAUGAGCCCCUCAAGUCUGAACAUAUCACAGUAUGAUUCACUACAACAUCAUGUUUUCUCUGAUCUUCAGCUUCACUACGAUCAUGUGAAUGUGUUUUUGUUUUCACAUUUCAUCAUAUUUCACCUUUGUUGAACAUGUUGCUAAUAUUCCAACACAAUAGCAAUAUGUUUUCAUCGUUCAAAGGUCAUUACAGAGCUGAUCAGUGUGUGACUGAGCUGAAUCUUCCUGUAAACACUUUACCUCAAUCAGUUUUAAUUCACUGUACUUUACCUUUACUACUGCUGUGUGUUAUGUUACUGUAUUUAUUAAUAAUGAGGAAAUGACAUUGACCAAUUGCACAGAAGAUAUGUGUGUUGUGUAUGUGUAUAUAUGUAUAUAUGUAAACCUGAAACAUCCUCUUUGUGUGAAAUUUCUCUUGGUGUGGACUUUAAAUAUCAAAGAGCUUGGAUCACCAUGGUUGUAUAUAUAUUUUUUUGUGUUUGUUUUUAUUGAAAUCCUGAGUAAAGGAAGACAUAAAUACCUGCAGAAGGUA